CAGGCUCAGCCCAGGCCCCGAGGCCGCACCAGGCGCCCUGCAGUUCAGGGCCCUCGCCUCGCCCCGUUGUCCAAAGAGGGCCUAGGCCACUGCUCUAGGGGGGGAGUUGAGUCUGACCCCGGCCCCAGAGCACGGCCCAGACGCGUGUGUGAGCCCAGUGAGGGCCAGGGAGCCAGGGCCUUCGAGGGUCCCCGAGACUUAAGGGGGGCAGGGGGCUUCACGGGUUCCCUGAGCGGGAUUGGCGAGUGAGACGCUUGUAGAUCGCAGGUUGGAUUGGGGAGGGGUCUCUCAGACGUUGGCCAGCUGGGCGACGAUUGGGGGGAUUCAAGUGCUUAGAGAUCGAAGGCAGGUCUUGGGGAGGGGGACGCAGACCACUGGGAAGCCUAGAUGGUAUUCGGGGAGGGGUCUCCGCGCCUGGGCGAGGUGCAGAGCUGCUCCUGCCCGGCUCGGGGUCGGCGGCCUGACAAGGAGCUUUUGUGAAGGGCGGGCCGGCCAGGCCAGGCCGGGAGAAGUGAACAAAGCAGGACGAUCAGUGGGGCGGGGGGCUCCUGAGCGGGGGGGUCACAGGGGUGAGACAUGGCCACCAGGCGUUUAACCGACGCUUUCUUGUUGUUGCGGAAUAAUUCCAUCCAAAACCGGCAGCUGUUAGCCGAGCAAGUGAGUAGUCACACCACCUCCAGCCCUCUGCAUUCACGUAGCCAUGCUGCGGAGCUGGAUGAGCUUGCCGAUGACCGGAUGGCUCUGGUGUCCGGCAUUAGCUUAGAUCCAGAAGCAGCGAUUGGCGUGACAAAACGGUUACCUCCUAAAUGGGUGGAUGGAGUAGAUGAAAUCCAGUACGAUGUUGGCCGGAUUAAACAGAAGAUGAAGGAGUUAGCCAGCCUGCAUGACCAGCAUUUGAACAGACCCACCCUGGAUGACAGCAGUGAGCAAGAGCACGCCAUUGAGAUAACCACCCAGGAGGUCACGCAGCUCUUCCACAGGUGCCAGCGUGCGGUGCAGGCGCUGCCCAGCCGGGCCCGCAGGACCUGCUCGGAGCAGGAGGAGCGGCUGCUCCGCAACGUGGUAGCCUCGCUGGCGCAGGCCCUGCAGGAGCUGUCCGCCGGCUUCCGGCACGCGCAGGCCGGCUACCUGAGACGCAUGAAGAACCGAGAGGAAAGAUCCCAGCAUUUUUUUGAUACAUCAGUACCACUGAUGGAUGAUGGAGACGAUGAUACUCUUUAUGAUCGGGGUUUCACAGAUGACCAGCUGGUGCUCCUGGACCAGAACACACUGAUGGUGGAGGAGAGGGAGCGGGAGAUCCAGCAGAUUGUGCAGUCGAUUUCUGACCUAAAUGAGAUCUUUAGGGACUUAGGAGCAAUGAUUGUAGAGCAGGGCACAGUCCUUGAUAGAAUUGACUAUAACGUUGAACAGUCCUGUAUCAAAACUGAGGACGGCUUGAAGCAGCUUCACAAGGCAGAGCAGUAUCAAAAGAAGAAUCGGAAGAUGCUUGUGAUUUUAAUAUUAUUUGUCAUCAUUAUUGUCCUCAUUGUUGUCCUCGUCGGCGUGAAGUCUCACUAAGCGGCCUGGGGGCUGUGUGUGCCGCGUGGAUCCGGGCGCCAGGGGCUGGGCUGCUGGCUGCCUGCGGAGGGCCCGGCCCCGCGUGGCCACCAGCAUCUCGUGGACUCCUGCACAGUGCUGAAGCGAGGGGAGUGGGCUUCUGUUUUUCCUCCAUUGUGGAGCAUUUAAAGACCUUGGUACUGCUGCAGACUAGAGAUGGAGCACUGUCAUCAGUUACACUAUCUUUUAGAAAGAGAAAAUGAGUGGGACGUUUACAGCACUCCACAAGCUGUUCGAUAUUAUUGUGAAUAAGCUAUUUUUCUUAGCAAUCAUGUCUGAGCAGCGUGUUAAAAUCAUUUCUGGGAAAAAAAUUUUGAAAACCAUCUGGUUUUUAAGGAUUUGGUACCAAAAAUUUAUGGAUAGAGGCAAAAAUGCCUCUUCAUCUUUCUCUCUAUAUUUUCCAGUUGAAAACAAACUGAGAAGUCCUUUAAGAAUUUAUAAUCCAUUCCCCAUUACCUUAAUUUCGCUUUUCCAUCACUGUUAAUGAUCAGAGUAACAAAGUGUGAAAAAUAAGAAACCAUCAUUGAUGUUAAUUAACACAUUUAGAUGGGCCAGUUAAAACAGCUUCAUAAGUUUAAAUUAAUUGUAAAUGGAGUAUUCCUCAUCUAAAAUUUAUGCAUAUUUUCUACUGUAAACCAAAAGGGGUUGCUGAGCAAAACCACCUAAAUUUAAAAGUUGGUGAUUUGAACUAACCUCGAAUUAAAAGAAAGCUUGCCAGUGUCAUGAAUGUCACCAGAAUUGGGCAGUGUGUCCCUGCACACAUCCCCAGCCAUCCUCACUCAAUCCAUUGCUCAUAUACUAACCACAUAAUGACCUGUUCAAACCAGCCACCAUUUAAUGAACUGUGAAUUUACACAGAGGCCAUUCUAAAUGGGUCACCCCAUUUGGGUCUGAAAUUAUUAACCAAACAUCACUGCAUUUCAAAGUAAAAUAUUCCACCAGAGGUGUGAUUUAUUGGCUCCCCCAUUGCCACUUAAUAUGCCCAGAAAGUAGGCAUGUUCCAGCAGGUGGUGGGAAGCAGGACCAGGCAGUCCCUUGUUUGUAAAGUGAGUGCGAAUCAGAUCACCAAAGUGGGGCUUUGUCAUGUCCUUCCCUGUUAUCAAUAUGGUGCUCAGAUAGAUCCCCAACUAUAGAGUCAUGAGGAAAGUGAUGAUGGCUUUAAAAACAGAAGUUGUUCAUGUUUUCAGUUGCUCUUGAGACGCAAGUAUAGUUUUAAUGGUCUUUGUAUAUUUUUUAUGGCUUUUCCAUUGUUUUUAUCUCUAAUGGGUUACAUUUUAUUUGGACCAGUCUCGUAAAAUGCUACUCUAGAAUUUGACUUUGGAGUUGUUGCUAGAAAUUUAAACCCCAGGCCAGAGAUUCAAGUUGUCUCAGCCAUUUCUUCCGAGGUUGUUGAUGGCGCUGGGGAGCCACUGUUUUUUUUACGGAUGUGGCCGUAGAAUGAUCAGCAGGUGUCCCUGGCAUUUCAGGAAAUAGCAUGGUGUUCCCUGACAAGUAUUUGUUAGGAAAGAAGGUCUGGGAAUAAAAAUCCAGCCCUUCCUUGAUCGUCCCUGAAAUGUGGGGCUUCUACAGCAGUUGAGGGUAGCUGUAGGCCUUCGUCCUCAUCCCGCCCAACCAUAACCCAACGACCAGCUGCUCCUAGGAGUGGAGCUGCUCAGACCAGGGGCUUCCCUCCCAGACGGUCUCUGAUGGGGAUACUGGAUCACUGUUAAAGCUUUUAAAGCUGUCUUAACUAUCCUUGAAGGAAAGUGACCCUUUAAGAAAGGGUCACCAUUUAUUUAUAUUUUCAGUGAAUAGAGUGAUUAGGGUUGGCUUUUGUCUCCCAACCCAUUUGGGUGAAAUCAUGGAUCUGAUUAGAAGUGAUUUUAAGGAUCUCAUUGGGGUGGUGGGACCGUCCAUCCUGACUGAAAUCAGGGCAAUGCCAGCUAAAGCCCCAGCUGCUAUGACCGUGACCUGGAGAGGGACGCAGCCUGCAGUCUGUGCGCCAGCUUGCUGGGCUCCUCAGAACACUGUCUUUCUCUGUUGAGCCUUUCCUGAGGGCAGAUCAGCACAGGGGCAGUGAGAGAAGCUUAGUCAUGCUGCCCUGAAGCUUCAGCUCCUUUCCUUGCUGAAGCCCAUGUCUGUGGGAAGGCAGGGCCCUCCGUCUCCCUGAGUUGAGGCCAGCAGGGACACCUGCCCCUCUACGUGCUCCGUGAUGGCUCUGUCAGCCUGGGCGUGGGGAGAAAUGGGACCGUUUACUGUCAGGUCUCCAGAGCUCCUGAUCUUACCCCAGAUUGUGGCUAAAAUCUACUGUCUCUGGUUUUAUUAAUUUGGGAGGGGGGUAGCUUCGCCAUGGGCAUGAAGCAGUGUUUGUCUAAUGGAUUGACGUCUCUCUGCUAAUUGAGAGAGCAUUAUUUAUUUGUUUUGACACAGUGCUUUCAGUGUUGUAUCCUGGCUAAUGGCUUCCUAAAGGUAAUGAAACCCUCCCAACCUAAUUGGUCAGAUAAGACUUUUUUUUCUUGUGUGCUUAAAUAAAGCAAUUAGUGAAGCACUUCUAUCCAACAUGCCUUUUUUUGUCCUUUUUUUAAACUAAUUUACUGUUAUUGGAAACUUUUUGUACAAUAAAGCAACUGUGCAGAUUUAACAACA